AUGUCAUUAAACUUGGUAGGUCCAGAGCAACCUAAUAUAAUGAAAGAACCAUGGUUUAUUGGUAUGUUAAUCAGUACUAUUGGUGGAACACUGUGGUUAGCAUUGUGUAUAUUUAGUAUCUGGUUAUGUAGAAAGAGGAAAAAUCGUAAGAAGUUGGCACAGAAUGGCAUGUACAGUGCUGUUCCUGUACACAAAGCUGAAGAUUCUUCAAGAAGUGUUGCUGAUGUAGUUUAUGCUCAGAAAGAUGGUAAUAUCCAUGGCAACAUGUCAGGUUAUGGGGGUUUACAUUCCGACUUGGCGAGUUUAUUGGACGCAAACUCAAAGGACGUAGAAUUGAAAGAUCAGAAUAUUUAUAACACAGCAGGCUCGAUUCCACAGAUGAAAACAUUUUAUCAGAAACCCAACUCGACUCUUGCUGUUUCAGUAGCACCAUAUGCCACCACCACCCUGAUAAAUACAGGUCAGGGUAUGCCUGGACGUUCACAUCAAGGCAGUAAUCAACCUAAUGUUGGCAUUUAUGAGACAUGUAUGGAGUCCACAUUUCGACCAAUAAAUCAUGCAUAUGUUCACAGUAGUGCCAGUGGCUCUGGAGAUAGUUGCCAAAAACCAGAACUAAGAUCCAGUGACUCUCAUUCUGACAAUAGUAGACCUAACACAAGUUGUCCUCAUGAACAUAUUGAAAUGUUAAGCCCAGGAAGUGACAGUGGUAGCCUAACCACUGAUGAAUUUGGAAUGCCAGUAAAACGUAAUCGUAAAAUGCAAAGACAAGGAUAUCCAGGAAAACAACCCAUGGUGAACUGGUCAGAGUUACUUCCCCCUCCACCUGAACAUCCACCACCAAGUGAUGUAGGAUCACCACCAGAAUCACCCAUGAAUACUCUUCACAGAUUGGAACGUCAAGCUGCUCAUCGGCAUGACAACAACCACAGUCCAAUUUCACCCGUUUCUAAAAUCUCUGCUUGUUCGUGUCCAGUUCCACAUGAUAGGAUGCCACCUAAUAUACGAAAUGUACCCUACUCGGACAAUGAAUUUGGAAUGCAUUCACCUAGGAUACAUGAGUGUCGGCCAUAUUCUCCUAAACAGCUCAAUACGAGACGAACUCAUUCUCCUGUCCAAGAUGGCAGGAUAUCACCUAGUAAAGGGUAUUACCCUCCAUGUCACCAUGUUGGUGAUAAAAAUGACUAUAAUAAUAUUUACCCCUCCCGUAACUAUUAUAGUGAUAUAGAAGGGCGUGGUGGGGGUAUGAUGGGUGGUAGUGUUUAUACCCCAGCCUCUCUACAAGGCUAUCAUAUAGACAAUAGAAUAUGUAGUCAGUGUGCACCAGAAGGUGUAUCUAUAGACAGAGCUUGUCAAUCUUCUCUGCCCAGUCUUGCCAGUGAAUGUGUACAUCCUAAUUAUCAGGGCAGAAAUGGGGAUUCUCCUGUGUCUGAAGAAAUGCCAGAUUAUGCAGAUGAGUCUGACAUGGAUCCAGGACAAGUGGAAUGUCAUACUCCAGAUUCUAGUGUUAAUGGAGAUGGCUGGGUCAGUACGGAUCAGGCAAACACAAGCUGUACCUCAUCAGGCUCCGAUGAUUUUAGUGAUGAUGAUUCUUUUCUCGCAGAAGCUGACUUUGCCAGUGCUGUUGCUAAAGCUGCUGAAAUGUCUGGUUUGACAGUUGUAGGUACAACAGUCUCUGAUCCUAAAGCAGGAGGACGAAAAUAUCGCAAACAUCAAAGAUCUACAGCACGGCCCACCAGUCCCUAUAGUACUGACAGUAACAUGAGUGCGGUAGUACGUAAACCCUACCCUAAAUCACAACGAAAGAAACAAAUGUCUGAUCAAGGAAAGAGGCAUGGACAGAAACCUUUGCAGUCUGAUUCACAACAAUAUUACCUCAAAGCAGGAGACAUGAUGAGAGCUUUGGAUGCUCCUGCGUAUUAUAGGCCCAGUUUCCCUCUUGCCUCUCUUCCCAUGAGUCCCACUGGCUCAAUGAGGUCCAACCACUCCAGUCAUGGUAAAAUUGGCUAUGCUGCUCCAAUCAUCCACUCUAACAACAAUUCUGCUUCCAAUGAGUCUGAUAUUUAUAAUCAAAGAGGCCAAAAAAUAUUUGAUCACAACCGAAUAUACAAUAGUCCUCCAUCCAGUACAGGCUAUGAUCUUUAUUACCAUUACGCAUAA